AGAUCCUUUGAAACCCAUCUUUUCAUUUGCUUGGUGGUAUGUCUUUUGCAAAUUUUACUGUUGAGGACUUAUAUCAAAACAAUAGCCUGCCCUGCAUAAUUAAACUUUCUGAUACAUAAGCAAACAAAUUUCAUAUUUGAAAUCUAAUGACAGAAACCCAAUUCUGAAUCCUUCUUAUUAUUUAUUGUGAUGUUAUGCCCCCCAAAUGCGUUUGAACAAUAAAAUGUUCGUUUUAUGUUGAAUAUUCUUGUUAUCGCUUAUUUAUGUUUGAUUCUAGUUACUUUAAAUAUGUUUUGUUUGUUACCGUAAGAUUUACAUUUGGCUUCUAAAUGGACCAGCCCACAUCGAAACUGCAAUAGCCGAGCGGCAGAUCAGUCCAUGAAUGCAGCACAGGGUUAUUCUCCAAACACAAAGAAAUGAAGACAACAGGUUGGAGCCGCCGAAGUUUCUGGCUAUACAGCCUGAGUUGAUUUUACUCUCUUAAAACCUGAAGUCUGUUUAGGGAACAGUUCAAAUUGGAACCUCGUGUGAACGCUCACAGGCCACGUGUGGUGAAUUUGGAAACGCUAAAAUAAUUCUGUAAUAUUAAGGUUAUAAUUUAUAGUUUCCGUUUUUUUAUUUUGUCUGUGGAACAUUGUUAGUGCUGGGGUAAAUACCGGGGUUUUUCGGGAUGCUUUUCUUAGCGUUCCUCCUUGCAGCGCUCGGCGGUUUUGCGCACCUGGAAACCUUGGACACUUUUACGCACGGCUGCCAGCUCCCCUCUGAGUGGCGUCCGCUGAGCGAGGGCUGCAGGGCGGAGCUGGCGGAGAUCAUCGUGUAUGCUCGAGUCCUGGCGAUCCACCGGGAACAGCUGGAUUUCCGAGCAGCCAACCUGCAAAAUUCGCUCCCCUUCGGUUUCGGUUAUGGGUAUGAGAGCGCGGAGGAUGGGCUGCUGUACUCAGCGGAGGUGGAGCUGCUGUGCGACCAAGCCUGGGGCAGCAUGCUGGAGGUGCCAUCUGGGUCCAGGCUUAACCUGACCGGACUGGGGUACCUGUCCUGUCAGUCCCACACAGUGAUGGAGAACUACUCCUACUUCUUUUUCCUCAGAAUGGAUGAGAACUACAACAUCCUUCCUCAUGGUGUCAACUUCCAAGAUGCCAUCUUCCCAGACACAACAGAGAACAAGCGCUUCUUCUCCAGCCUCUUCCAGUUCUCCAAUUGCACUCUGGGGAACCAACCAUUCCACACGUUCAGCCCUGAGUGGGACAUCCAGGAGGACAGCAGGCUGCUGUGUUCUUCGGUGCAGGCGGCGCUGUUUGAGGAGGAGGAGCGUAGCCGCAGGCUGCAGGAGCGUCUGGCUGCAACUGAGAGGAGGAACCGGCAGCUGAAGGAGCGUGUCCGCAAGGUGAAGCGAUCCCUGAGGAAAGUCCGCAAGGCUGCACAUGAGGCGGAGCAGGAGACCCUGGAGCUGCAGGAAAAACUGAUGGCUGCAGAGAGGAGGGCAGGACAUCACCCCAAUGCUGUGAUGCAGGAGGAGACUCUGCUUGGGGGCCACACUGGUGUAACAUCACCUCAGAAGAUGCAGCUUUAACUGGGAUCAUUGGCCUGUAGGCCAGGACUAAAUACUGUCUGAGGACAGGGAGAGGCUGCUGGACGGUCUAAAGGCAGCAGGGGAACAAACUUUAUCAUUUUUUGUAAAUAAACAUCUGAAUUGCCAAAAGAGGCAUGUUUAGGACAAUAUUAGAAAUUAUUCUCUUACUGUCAAUUGGAGAUAAAUUUAACCACAUCAGAGUUUGUUUUUUACCUUUUGAAUGAAUAAAUAAAAAUUCUGCACUUUGUUCAUUACUGUUGCAGGCAUCCUGUUGAGUCAGAACAUGUUGUGUUCAGUUUUAGUCUUAUUUUACAUCCACACAAUUUGACAACUGAUGAUAGAAAAAAAAACACCUCAGAUAUCUUUUUUUUCUAAUUCAGGAUAAACUUGGAAUUUGGAGGAGUUUUAGAAAGUGACAUUUUUAUUAAGUCUGAAUCCGCAUGAAAGUUUAUUUUCCAUAUAUGUUUGAUUUGGAUGAACAUCACUGGAUAUGCUGAGGACCAUUAUGAACAUCUGGGUCACUGGAGUACUGAAAAACAAGCACGCACGCACGCACACACAUGCGCACACACGCACACACACACACACACACACUGAGUGUUGUCGGGAUCACACAGAGAGAGUAAAGAAAGGCCCGGGUCAGAGGAGAGGAUGUGUGUGUAGUGAGUGUGUGUGUGUGGGUGUGUGUAUCUGGUCUAUCAAGUGACUGGAAUGUGUUUAUGUGGGCAGCAGUGCUCUGAACAGCAUGGUGUCACUGAAAUAUCCAGACAGGAAAAUGCUGGAAGGAGGCGAAUGAACAUCACAUCACGAGAUCUUAGAGUGAAAUAAAAACAAAUCAUUACAGCUCAACGGGAGGCAGACACAUGGAGGUUCUACCAUCAAAACCUGAUUUAUGCAUCUGAUAACAACCCAACAUCAAAGGCACAAAACAUAUUUCAGUUUUCUAUAGGAAAUGUUUUUGUUUUAAAGGAAACGACAAUCUAAAAAAAUGGUUGUUGAACAUCUUGGUUUUUGAUUAUUUGAGUGCAUUUGAACACACAAUCUCACAAGAAAUGAAUGAAACAUUUAGUCAAACUAGUUCAAGAUUCAGCAGAAGUCACGUUUUAAUCACCCGUAACGUGAAAGGUGGACAUUAAUAUUCUUACCUGUGACUCUGAAGAGUCGGACAAAAAUAUCUCAUGAAUCAGUGGACAGAUUAUAGUGAAUUUUUCUGCAGGUUUUCACUGGAUAUGUACAUCUACAACUGAUUAAAUUUUGGAUUCAACCCUG